AUGGAAAAUGAACAUCGUACAUGGAUGUAUGAUAGGGUGUUACCUAAUCAGCGGGGGUUGAAGGAUGAAUUUAAGCAAGGCGUUGAGGGGUUUAUUAAUCAGGCAAAUAUAUUUUGUCAAAAGGAAGGGACAAUUAGGUGUCCUUGUGCGGAUUGCAAUUGUAUAAAGUGGUUAAAAUCGGAAGAUGUUAGGGCUGAUCUUUGUAGUAAGGGUUUUAUGGACGACUAUUAUGUUUGGACUAGUCAUGGAGAAAUUGAGGGUAGUGCCAGUAAUAUUUGCAAUCAUAAUUUUGUUGUUGGUGAAAGUAGUCAAGAUCCUAGAUUGCAUGAUUUGUUUAUGGGUGCUCUUGGGAUGUACAAUGAGGGUAACAACCAACAACCUAUUGAUCAACCUACCAAUGAAGAGGCACAACGUUUUUAUGCACAAUUAGAGUCUGCUAGUCGUCCAUUUUGCGAAGGCAUGUCGCACUUUGCGUUGUCUGUUGCCGUUAGACUGCUAAGUAUUAAAUCGGAUGCGAAUAUUUCUAUAGCAGGCAUGAACGCUAUGAUUGGGCUUAUGAAAGAACUUAACCCGAACUUAGACAUACCCGAUGAUUACUAUAAAGCAAAAAAAUUGGUUUCCAAAUUAGGUCUCUCGUCUAUGAAAAUUGAUUGUUGCGAAAAAGGUUGCAUGUUGUAUUAUAGGGAUGAUGCAGAUUUAGAGAAUUGCAAAGUUUGUGGAAUAUCUCAUUUUAAACAGCUUGCCAGCAGUAAGAGGGUUGUAGUUAAGGCGAUGCAUUAUUUACCUCUUAUACCAAGGUUAAAGAGGUUGUAUGCAUCACUGAGUUCCGCUCAUCAUAUGAGAUGGCACUAUAAAAAUAGAAGGCCACCCGGUGUUUUGUGUCAUCCAUCAGAUGGAGAAGCAUGGAAGCAUUUUGAUAGAACGUUUCCGGAUUUUGCUAAUGAACCAAGGAAUAUUCGAUUGGGUUUGUGUGCUGAUGGAUUCAUACCAUUUUCUGUCUCAACUGCACCAUAUUCAUGUUGGCCAGUCUUUGUCACACCGUAUAAUCUUCCGCCUCAGAUGUGUAUGACAAGUCCAUAUUUGUUCCUAACUUUCAUUGUCCCGGGUCCACGUAAUCCAAAAAGUUUGAUUGAUGUAUAUUUGCAGCCUUUGAUUCACGAGUUACAUACUUUGUGGCACGAAGGUGUUAUAACAUACGACAUAUCAACCAAAAAAAACUUCAACAUGCAUGCUACUCUUAUGUGGACUAUUAAUGAUUUUCCUGCCUAUGGAAUGUUGUCAAGGUGGAUGACUGCUGGCAAAUUAGCUUGUCCUUAUUGUAUGGAAAACACUAAUCGUUCACUUUAUAACACGGGGGCAAGAAUUCAUGGUUUGAUUGUCACCGUCAGUUCUUACCAGUGGAUCAUGAGUUUAGGAGUAUGA